AUGGGGCUUCCGGAUCCCACCGUCGACCUUCACUGGAGCAGCUAUAUCGGCGCCAUCCACGAGAUCUUCCACAAAAAUGCCCUGAAGCAUCCCGAUGCGCCGUGCGUCACAGAGACGGCCUCCUCCACGACUCCCGAGAGGAGAUUCAGCUACAAGCAGAUUUAUGAGGCGUCCAACAUCUUGGCCAACCAGCUCCGGGAGGCUGGCAUCGAGAAUGGCGAUGUCGUCAUGAUCUUCGCCUACCGUUCCGUCGAACUCAUCAUCGCCUUCAUGGGAACCCUUGCUGCCGGUGCUACCAUUACCGUCCUGGACCCCGCGUACCCCCCGGCAAGACAGCAGAUCUACCUCGAAGUCUCACAGCCAAAGGCCCUGAUCACAAUCGGCAGAGCUAGGGACGAGAAUGGCACUUUUGCGCCGCGUGUCCAGAAGUACAUUGACGAGGAGCUUUCUCUCAAGAUCCGGGUGCCCGAGCUACGGAUGAGUGAUGAUGGCCACCUUACCGGCGGUGAGGUUGACGGCAAGGAAGUCUUCACCAACACCGAAAGCAAGGCAUCGGCGCCUCCAGAUGUUCUCGUGGGACCGGACUCAACAAGUAUCCUGAGCUUUACCAGUGGCACCACAUCCACACCCAAGGGCGUGUUGGGCAGACAUUACAGCUUAGCCAAGUACUAUCCAUGGAUGGCCCGAACCUUCAACUGGACCUCGGAGACCAAGUUUGCUUGUCUCAGUGGUAUAAGCCAUGAUCCUAUCCAGCGAGACAUCUUCACCCCAAUCUUCAUGGGCGGGGAGCUGAUCAUCCCUGCUCGCGAGAACAUUGCCCACGAAAAGUUGGCUGAAUGGUUCCGCGAUCACAAGCCCAAUGCGGUCCAUUUGACCCCCGCGAUGGGUCAAAUCCUGGUGGGAGGUGCCAAGGCAGAGUUUCCCUCAUUGAAGUGGGUUCUCUACGUUGGUGACAUUCUGACCAAGAAGGAUUGCGCUGCGCUCCGCAAGCUGGCUCCUAACGCGGACAUCUGCGCUGCGUAUGGUACCACCGAGACGAGCCGCAGUGUAUCAUAUUACCACAUCAAGAACCACGCCGAGGAUCCGAACGCAUUGGAUCAGUUUGGCGAUAUUGUUCCUGCCGGAAGGGGUAUCGAGAACGUCCAGCUUCUCGUAGUCAACCGGGAGGAUCCAACCAAGCUUUGCGGCGUCGGCGAGAAGACCAAGGAAAAGUUCAUUGAUAACUGGUUCGUCGACAACCAGAAGUGGGUUGAGGCUGAUAACCAGGUCGCCGACCUCGCCAAGGAGCCCUGGAGAAAGUAUUACAAGGGCCCCCGAGACAGAAUCUAUAGAACCGGCGACUUGGGCUAUUUCCUGGAUGACUCCGGUAACUGCGCAAUCACGGGCAGAGCUGAUGAUCAAGUCAAGGUCCGCGGCUUCCGCAUUGAGCUCAAUGAGAUCGAUAGCAACCUGAGAGGACACAAUCUGGUCCGCGAGUGCAAGACGCUGCUUCGAAGAGAUCGAAACGAAGAACCAACAUUGGUCAGCUAUAUCGUGCCUGAAGAACAAGAGUGGCUCAAGUGGCUGGCAGAACGCGGCCUGGAAGACACGGAGGAGCAGGGUACCGAGAUUGGACCGGUCACCGUGUACUCCAAGCGCUUCCGGCCAAUGCAAGCGGAGAUUCGAGAUCACCUCAAGUCUCGAUUGCCAGUUCACGCCGUCCCGACUUACUUCAUCUUCCUGAAGAAGAUGCCUCUGAACCCCAACGGCAAGAUCGACAGCCCAAACCUGCCCUUCCCAGAUGCGGCCCUGAUAUCAGAGGAGGCUUCAGAGGAGGAUCUGAAGAUAUGGGAGUCUCUCAGCAGCACCGAGAAGGAGCUGGCAGAGCAGUGGGCAACACUGGUCAAUGGCCUGAACGCCAAGACCCUGAGGCCCGAGUCUGACUUCUUCGAAAGUGGUGGCCACAGUCUGCUGGCCCAGCAGCUUCUUCUCAACAUCCGCAAGAACAUGGGCGCCAACGUGACCAUCAGCUCACUGUACUCCAACUCUUCCCUCCGGGCUCUCAGCACCCAGAUUGGCCGCCAGCGUGAGGGCAAGUCCGAUUCGGGCGCGGCCGAGGAAGGCGAGGCGGCAUAUGCCCAGGCACUGGACAAGCUGAUUGGUAGCCUUGAUGCCAAGUAUCAGACCGCGGAUCCUACAGCGCUUUCACCAUCAGGCAAGACGACCGUUUUUGUUACCGGCGCCACCGGCUUCCUGGGCUCUUUCAUUGUCAAGGACUUGCUCGAGCGCGAGAACGUACACGUCAUUGCCCAUGUCCGUGGAACAAAGGGCGUCGCAGCCGCCCUUGAGCGGCUCCAGAACUCACUCCGCGGAUACAGCGUAUGGCAGGAUGCUUGGGCCCCUAGGCUCAGUGCAGUCAUCGGUGACCUCGCACAGCCGCGCCUUGGACUUGACGAUGAGACAUGGAAGACACUCUGCGACACCGUCGAUGUGGUAAUUCACAACGGUGCCCUCGUCCACUGGGUGAAGCAAUACAAGCAUCUCGAGCGCAGCAAUGUUCUGUCAACAAUCGAUGCUCUGCGGCUUUGCAACCAAGGCAAGCCCAAGCUGUUCUCAUUUGUCAGCUCAACAAGUGUCCUGGACACUGAUUACUACAUCAAGCUGUCACAAGAGCAGACCAGCACUGGACGAGGCGCUGUCAUGGAAGCAGACGACUUGAUGGGCAGUCGUACCGGUCUCGGCACUGGAUACGGCCAGACCAAGUGGGUAUCUGAACAGCUUGUCCGCGAGGCCGGCAGACGCGGCCUCCUUGGAUCCGUCGUCCGCCCUGGCUAUAUCCUCGGAGACGCCUCCACCGGUGUCUGCAACACCGACGACUUCCUCAUCCGCAUGCUCAAGGGCUGCAUCCAGCUAUCCAGCCGUCCGCACAUCAUCAACACAGUCAACGCUGUGCCUGUAGGCCACGUCUCAACCGUCGUCGUCGCAGCCAGCUUGAACCCCGUCCCGGCCGAAACCGCAAACAGCAGCGGCGACGUCGGUGUGCACGUCGUCCACGUCACCGCCCAUCCUCGCCUGCGCAUGAACGAGUACCUCUCCAUCCUGAGCUACUACGGCUACGACGUUCCCGAGGUGGACUACGACCACUGGAAGGCCCAGCUCGAGACCUUUGUCUCGGCAGGCCCUAUCCAGAAGGACGAGGAGCAGAGCGCUCUGAUGCCUCUCUUCCACAUGGCGACGAAUAACCUCCCCGCAACCACGCGUGCACCAGAGCUGGAUGAUCGCAAUGCUGUCGCUGUCCUCAAGGCCGAUGCAGACCGGUGGACUGGUGUCGAUGAGAGUGCCGGAGAGGGCAUUAGCAGGGAAACUGUUGGCCGCUUCUUGAGGUACCUCGCUGAAAUCAAGUUCGUGCCUUGGCCGACUAGCCGGGGUAGGGAGCUGCCGGCUAUCAAGGCUGGUGUUGUUGAGGCGCAGGCGAGAUGGGGUGUUGGAGGACGCGGUGGUGCGGCGUAA